AUGAAGCUUACAAUCACGACUACUCUCUUCGCCAUUCUGGCCAUCACUUCUGCCGCUCCCCAUACUAAACGUCAAGCGGCCACUGGCGUCACACUCGGACCCAUCCCGUUCGAGAUCGUCAAUGCAACAACCACAACCACCAAGUUGAAGACACGCCAAGAGAUCCGAUUCCUCGACAGACGCCAGGCUCCAAGCGCCGACCAGCCCUCAAUGUUCGUCAACGGCGAAGUCGUUCCCUACCAGAACACCGGAGCAGGAAGCGGCAUGGGCAGCAAGAAAGCCAAAGCCAAGCGCCAGGCCCCGAGCGCUGACCAACCGUCCAUGUCCGUCAAUGGCCAAGUCGUCCCAUUUUCGAACACCGGAGCGGGCAGCGGUAUGGGCUCGAAGUUGAAGGCGCGACAGGAGACCCCUUUCCUUGACAGGCGCCAGGCUCCAAGUGCCGACCAGCCGUCCAUGUCUGUCAAUGGUCAGGUCGUGCCCUUCUCGAACACUGGAGCUGGGACGGGGAUGGGUAGUAAGAAGGCUAAGCGUCAGACGGGGAUUGAUGCUGAUCAGCCGGUCAUGUCGGUGAAUGGGCAGGUCGUGCCGUACAAGAAUACUGGUGCUGGCAGUGGCAUGGGUAGCUAG